UACACAGUAGAAAGCGGAGCAGGCAGCGUGUGGAAGGUGCCGGCGGUGACAGCAGGCAGGAUGCUGCAGCCACCGAGUCCCAGACCCGCUGUGCAGCCUGUGACCCCAAGACCCUCAGCACCGACUCCCCCCCCCAGCUCCUUGGGUCAAGAUGCAAAUCGCAGCCAAAUCCUCCCAGACCCAAAAUGAACUUCCUUCAGGGAGGCUUCCCCUUGCAAAGCAGGGAAGGCAGGCGGAGACCUGCUCCACCCCUCACGUGAGGGUCUGGGUUGCUCCCUCUGCAACCAGGAGCGGGAAUUGGGCCUGGCAGUUGGAGGGUGGGCUCUGGGACCCCAUCUGUGCUGGGUGCCUGGUCCCACUAUCGCCGAAACGCUGCCCCUUCUCUCCAAGAGACCAGGCGGAGCCCCAGGCUGGCCACUUCCGAAGCUCCCGACGCCAUGGAGGAGUGGGACGUGCCCCAGAUGAAAAAAGAGGUGGAGAGCCUCAAAUACCAGCUGGCCUUCAAGAGGGAGAUGUCGUCGAAGACCAUCCCUGAGCUUCUCAAGUGGAUAGAGGAUGGGAUCCCCAAGGACCCGUUCCUGAACCCCGACCUGAUGAAGAACAACCCAUGGGUAGAGAAGGGCAAGUGCGCCAUCCUGUGAGGCCCCCACACCCCGCCCCCAGAUUCUCGUUUCUGUAGGGAGGACAACUCUGUAAACGUGUGACUUUUAUAAAGACUUUUUGAGAGUGUU